GCUUAAAAAGUCCUUAUCUGGGCGUGAAGAUAUUAUCGGGCAGUAGCUUGGAGUCCCCCGGCGGACACGCACACACACACCCUCGCUAAAAUCCCUUACUCUACACCCUUCGCAAUUCCAGGAUCAUGGCGGACGGUGCUCACAGGGCCCUCACAGAGACCUCAAAUAAGAUAUGGCUGGAGGACAUGCUCAAGUCCAUGAACCUUGUGGCUAUGGACGCCAAGCACGACCAGUUAUCCAUCGACUUGCUGAUAAUAAUUAACUCGUGCAUCGCCAUCUUCAUCGUCGUCAACAUGGGCAUCUUCCUCAUCUUUCUUCUGCAACAGAAGGAGAUGCAAGACGCAAUGUUGACUAGGGGUAAAAAGCGACGGAUGAUGGCGAAGAAGGAGGCGGCUUACAUGUACUUGAAACCCAGCAAGUUUUGCCAGACAAUCUUCCCUGAGCCGCUCUACGCCACACCGCCAGACAGCCACUACUCCAAGAUCUCCAGCGACUAUGCCUUCUACGAGAACGCCGACUUCCUGGAACAGCAGCAACAGGCUACGCCUCACAGCAUGGCUCCCGUCUCCUCCAGACUGACACCCGGCAAAUCGUUGGGUGCUUCAGACUCGUCCAACUUGUGGCUGAGGGUCCGCAGCACGCUCACUGGGAACUACUCCGACUACCGCGACACCGCCAGCAGCCAGCCUAACAGCAGCAGAGCUACCAGUGACAGCAAACACCUUGACGACAACAGGAGCAGCGGCAGACAACCUCCCAGCAGGAGUGACAGCAAUCCGGCUGUCAGCAGCAACCGUUGUGACUGUGAUAAUUACAUCAAUAGUAGUAGUAGUAGCCCCAACAACCGCAGCACUGACAACCACAGCAGUGACAACCGCAGUAGUGACAACCGCGGCAGUGACAACCGCAGCAGUGACAACCGCAGCUGUGAAAACCGCAGCGGUGAACACCGCAGCAGUGACAACCGCAGCAGUGACAACCGCAGCUGUGAAAACCGCAGCGGUGAACACCGCAGCAGUGACAACCGCAGCAGUGACAACCGCAGCAGUGACAACCACAGCAGUGACAACCACAGCAGUGAACACCGCAGCAGUGACAAUGACUACGUCAAUGCCUGAGUUUUUUUUACCUGCAUAUAUCGUCUUCUCUCUCGCUUUCCCAAUUUAUCAUCCACUUACAUUCCUCGGAAAAGCAACGGGUUUGCUUCUAGCAUUCCGGAGUUCGAUCCCCCGAGAUGUGUGUGUAUAGAUAAAUAGGCCGAUGGAUAAGUAGACAGAUGAACAGGUGGGAAGACAUGACGGUAAGUUAAUAAUCACAGAUAUACCUACAUGUAGUAUAAUGAAAUAUUCUUAGUCAUAGCUUGAUAUACCUUCAUGUAGGUGCCUCAGGGUAAGGCAAAUACCCGGAGCUAAAUUAAGUCCCAAUUUUAUUAUAUUAUUUCAACAUACAGAGGGAAAAUGAACAGUAAAUUAGAUUCUUAGAGCAUUGAGGAUAUAAUGGUUCAACCCGAUUAAACUUAUACUAAACUUAAUGUUGAAACUGUUUACUGACUGUUUCUCUGGCCAGUUAAUUCUCUCACCAGUUGUUCAACUCGCUAUCAAUAUUCCUCUCCAGAGAUGCAUAACCUUCAAAAGGUUAUGAAACAUCUGUUGAACACAACACGUUAUCACAUUCACAGAUUCCAGAAGUGCAAUUGAAACUCUUGCUACAAGAACACUUGCGUGUCAACAUCCAUCUGACCGGAAAUGUUGCAGCACUGAAGGAAACAUUUACAGGUGAAGGUCAUUGAAUAGGCUUAUAGGUUUCAAAAGAAGCUACGAAACGUCAGCAUUGAGGAGAAAUGGUAUUUCGAUCUCACUACCGGCUGGUUGAUACCUGGUUGAUACCUGUUUUUUUUCAGGGAUAUUCCUGCACGGGCCCUAAGCCUCUGGCUGGCCCACUGGGCGGGCCCUAAGCCUCUGGCUGACCCACUGGGCGGGCCCUAAGCCUC